GUUUCGCAUUUUGCAGCGAGCUUGUCUGUUUUCCGUUCGUCGGUGGCAGGUGGCCGGUUACCGGUCACCUGUCGUUAUCUUGGAAGCCAGCAGUGGCUUUCUUGCCCGAGUUCUGCAGGCUCGGGACAGGCCUCUAGAGUUGACGCAGCCGGGCAGCGACGCGACGUCCGGGGAACCGCUGGGAGUCGGUGGCGCGAAGUGGUACCCGCAUGCUGGAGGAAGGAGCACCGCCUUCUCCAGAUGCUGCCCUUCCCCUAGAGCAAAGCACCAGAGAGGAAGGAAUGGCUACUGGUCUCCUUACAGCUGGGCCUCCUGACUCUGCACCCUUCAGCAGCAUGACUGUGGCUUUUACCCAGGAUGGGUGGAGCUCUGCCUUCCCUGCUCUGCAGGACAGGCCUAAGGAGGGGACUCAAGGAAAGCCCAGAAGCCUGGUCCUGCUGGGACUUCCAGUUUCUCAACCUGGCACAAACUCCCAGUUGGAACUAAGGGAAGGCCCACGGAUUAUGGAGGAUAAAGAUGUGCUUUUCUGUUUUUCAGACUGGAAAACUGUGAUUGAACCUCCAGCAGGGCCAACCCUUCCUGAAGGAUCGUGGCAAGACACACAGGUAGAGAUGCCCCAUGGAGAGCUAGAGCACAGGCACAGUGAACAAGGUCAGAGAUUCAGUCUGAGACCAGUCCUUUCUCCACGAGGGAGAGUGCCUAUGGGAGCAAGGCCUUGGAAACGUGAAGUGUGCUCCACAAACUUCCAGAAUUCAGAGCUGAUUAAGCCUCACAGGUGCAGCGAGUGUGGCAAAGCCUUCAGCUACUGCUCUUCCCUUUCUCAGCACCAGAAGAACCACACCGGGGAAAAGGCCUAUGAAUGCAAUGCACGUGGGAAGGCCUUCAGCCAGAGCUCCUCACUUAUUCAGCACCAGAGGAUCCACACUGGAGAGAAACCCUACAAAUGCAGUGAGUGUGGGAGAGCCUUCAGCCAGAAUGCAAACCUCACUAAACACCAGCGGACACACACAGGAGAAAAGCCCUACAAGUGCAGCGGGUGUGAGAAGGCCUUCAGUGACUGUUCAGCCCUUGUUCAGCACCAGAGGAUCCACACUGGGGAGAAGCCCUACAAAUGCAGCAACUGUGGCAAGUCUUUUAGGCACAGUGCAAACCUCACCAGCCACCAGCGGACACACACUGGAGAAAGGCCCUACCAGUGCAGUGAGUGUGGCAAGGCCUUCAGCUACUGUGCAGCCUUCAUUCAGCACCAGAGGAUCCACACUGGGGAAAAACCUUACAAGUGUACUGUGUGUGGGAAGGCCUUCAGCCAGAGUGCAAACCUCACCAACCACCAGCGGACACACACAGGGGAGAAGCCCUACCAGUGUACUGAGUGUGGGAAGGCUUUCAGCCAAAGCACCAAUCUUGUAAUUCACCAAAAGAUCCAUGGCGGGGAGAAGCCACAUAAAUGUAACAAGUGUGGGAAAUUAUUCGGUGAGAGCUCAGCCCUUAUCCGACAUCACAUAACUCACACUGGAGAAAAACCCUACGAGUGUGUUGAGUGUGGAAAAGCAUUUAACCAGAGCUCGUCCCUUCGUCAGCACCAGAGGAUCCACACUGGAGAGAAGCCCUACAGAUGCAGUGAGUGCAGGAAGGCUUUCAGGUGUAGCUCUACCUUCAUUAGACACCAGAGAAUCCAUGCUGGAGAAUAACUUGGAACGUAACUGGUGGAACGCCUCAGACAUGACAGGUCACCUCAAGUCAGAUCUGGUAACUGCUGAUGGCCCAGAGCAUCUGGGAAUAGCUAACUUUACAAUCCAGAGGACAGCCACAUGCAAAAGCACCUUUAAUAAAUACUUCAAUCUCAACUUCCCAUGCUCAGGUAGAAGCUUAAGAGCUUUCUGUUUAGCAUCUUCAGUAAAUAUCAAGGAUCCAUAUGGAACUCCCAAUUGCAUUACAGUCUUUUCCUCACUGAGCCCAAUCUCUGUGGCAUGUACUCCAGAAGCCUUGGUUUAUUCAAAAUAAGUGAAGAACACCUGUCAAGGCCAGGUAUUUUGGCAAUACUAAUUUCCUCCUUGCAUGCAGAGAAAGGGAAGUCUGGGCCAAGUAAGUUUAAAGCAGUCAAAACACAGGUGAUAUGGCACACUCUUAUAACCCAAUGUGGGGGCUAAUGCUAUUUAACAGGUUUCCACAAUUAAAUGGGGGAACCAUUUUCAACUCCCUUUUAUGGUACCAAGAGUCCCUUUUAGGCAGUGCUUCAAGCUGCCCAGGAGGAGUCUGUUUCAAUGCCUGUGUCUGAGAGGAUAAGCACAGAGUCAAAAGGAAAACAAAGAUUAGAUGAAGCAUGGUAGAGUAAGCUCUACUUGCUUAGUUUAACUACUCCAUCAGGAAAAGAGGUAAGCAAUAGGUGCCAUACAACUACUGAGGACUUGUCAUGUUUCUUUGUCCUGUGGUUCUGAGGCCUGGUUUGCAAAGACCCUCUGGUUCUUGGGCCCCCAACCCACCCACGAAUGGAAGAGGUCUGGGUUGGAGAGCUGUUCUCCCGUGUGUCCAUGCUGAACUGUUUUCUUUCUGGCCCAGAAUGUUUACAUGCCUACAAAAGUACCUUUCCUUUCCAUGUCUUUUCAGAGCUUGUUCCACACAGUACAGUCUCUUACCCACCAGGCUUGUCACCCAGCAUACUUUACAGGUUCCGCCACCAUGGUCCCCACUGAGC